GGCAGAUAAUGGCGGCCGUGAAUUGCGACGUCAGCGCCACUGGCUCGUACCAGAAUUUUUCCAAAGAGUAACAACGGAAAAGAAGCCUGAUACUUUGUCAGGAUGGCAGUUGCUGAGAUAUGUCACCUGAAAUUAUACAUGUUAAUUGGAUAGAAGAAAGCCAAUUGCAUGCAUUUCCAGGACAUUUGAGAGCGAAUGUUAUCCAAGAACUGUACAUCGACUAAGUCAUACAAAAUACAAAGCAAUGGAGGGAGAAAAUGAGCAUGCUACUGCCUGUGCUAAACCAACAGCACAAGCCAACGGUGUGGUUGCAUCAACAACUAUGAUCAAGCUAAUAACAAAUGCCAAGACAUCUGAGCUGUGCGCCUCCACGAGCAAGCAGAGCCCCCUGGUGGCGACGAAGCUGACCGGCUGGCUGCGCGACCACAUAGCCGCCAGUCACAUCGCCGGUCUGGAGUGGAUCGACGAGGAAGCGCAGAUGUUCAAGAUCCCCUGGAAGCGAGCGUCCGAUCGGAACUUCGACGGGGACGAGGACUCUCUGUUGUUCUGGAACUACGCGCUGUACAGCGGCAAAAACCCGUUUGAGGGUGACCUUGCCAGUCAUAAGAAGAGGCUCAGUGAUGCGCUGUUCUGUAACCAGGACAUACUCGAGCACAAGGAUCUGCGUGUGAAUAACGGAGCGUCCCCUUACAGGGUGUUCCAGUUUGUGCAGCAGAAGCGGAGGCGGAGAAGAGGAUCAAGCUUGGGGCGAAAACAUAAGAAGAAGCCCUUUCUCUUGAAGAAAUACAAAAUUGGGCAAGGGUCUUCUUCUAUCAAUCAUAUGUCAGGAAGGAAGAAGGCUGUAUCGCAUGGAGCUGCAAAACCAGCAACUCCAGAAGCAGAUUGCGGGUCGCGAGUGGACUACCACCCUCUGAUGAAGCUUAAGUAUUCAUACGUGAGGCAGGCCGGUGACACUUGUGAACAGAUGAUGGACUUACGCGGCAGCAUGAAAGGACCGCCGUUACUAAAAUGUUUCUUCUGCGCCCGUAAGCUCGAGAACAAUGUACAGCUGAUGGAACAUUACGAGGCGCACAUCGCUCGCAAUCAGUCGUUCGUGAGUGAGAUUGAGGACCUCACUGUGUGUAGACGCUGCUGCAUCAGCCUAGACACGCCCCACGACCUACAGACCCACCUCAACGAGGUGCAUCAGCUGACGGCGUCUACAUCGUGUCUCAUCUGUCUGCGUAACCUCGGCAGCGAGGCGGGACUCCUCGUCCACAUGAAGCAGACGCACGUCUCGGGCGAGACUCCGUACACCUGUGAGGUCUGCCGCUUCCGCACGUCACAGUACCGAGACCUCACCGCCCACUAUAGACAGGUGCACACCAGAGGGCAGUACGUGCUGUGUCCAUACUGCCUGCGCGCGUUUCGCUCGAACACGAACAACGCUCACUACAUUAUUCACCUUCGCAAGCAUCUGAACAAGGGAGUGAAACCGUGCGACAGCUGCAGUCUGGUGUUCGUGUCGGCAGCAGACCUGAUCAGUCACCGCGCCACGUGUCACGGCGUCGCCAGCGUCACCACCGACAAAACCGGAGAGACUACGGUGGAAGUUGUGGAACUUUGUUUGAAUCACAAUGCAGAGAAAAAGGGAAGCAAUCAAAACGGUGACGAUGGAAUGCUGACAUGCCUGAAUGUGUUGCCACCGCGUAAGGACUAUGUUGGCCUGCGACUGUUCAUACCAACAGACAUUUGCUGCAUAGAGUGUGACUACCCCAUGAGCCGAAUGAACCAUUUCAUAAAACACAUGAUGUGCCCCAUCUGUCGCUACGGAACCAACUGCAGCACAGCGUUCGCCGAGCACGUUCUGAUGUCACACGGAAACAAGCGAACAGCGUCUGACCAGCGUCUGCUAGAGAAGGAGUGGGCGUGUGCCUGCGGCUUCACAACGAAUCUUGGCAAUGCCCUCGCAUCACACCUCAUGGAGUGUGGAUCGGGGACGGCGUAUCGAGGACAGAAGCUGCGCCGCUACGUCACGCGCGCUUACCCUGGAAACCCGGAUGGGAUCUUCCGCAAGAGCCUGUCGUUGCUCGCCUCCAGGGACCCGGCUGGUGCAGCGAUCGUCACCGACGCUGAGGGAGACGCGACGGACGGUGAAUCGCGACGCAUCGAGUCAGUCACCGACGGGUAUCUUGCGGUGGUGGCGGGAUGGAGAGAUCGACAUUCCGCAGGCAAGCAGUGCCGUGCGAUGUCGCAUGACCCUGCGCCGUCCGCCGCCCGGCAGACAGACAGCCGAAGCUUCAAACGCAGACGAAUCAGACGAUUGUGGUCACCGAGGGAAACACGAGAAUGUGCGGCUGACGAUGAAACGCACAUGAGGUGUGAAAAUGACGCAGAGCACCCGGAUGCCAGGCCACCGCUGAUCACAGCUGAUCCAGCAGGGGGCGCCAUUGCAGAUCGGGCGAUCAACAGUAACCAUCCACGCGUCAAUCUUCCUGCCUCGCUCCUCCACGCCUCGGCAGCAGGGGGCGCCUCCGCAGACUCGCCACGUUUCCGCGGCUGCUGCUCGGCGAACGCUGCCGUGCGUCAUGACAAGUGCGACUUCCUCUCCCGCGUGCGUCUCUGCUCCCUCCCCGGCGUCGUCUCUCCCGCGCGACGCCCCCGCGGCGGUGAAGCGUGGGGGGGACACCCGCGCAAGCGCGUCGGUGUUCACCGGCAGCCGCAGGGCAGCGAGGAGGAGGGGGAGGAGGAGGGGGAGGGCUCGUGCACGGACCGGUGGCAGACGACGCGACGACACGUCGGCUGCGUUCCCGCGCCGCUGUGGGGCGAUGCCAUCAAGAACAUAGAGCUCGGCGGCGGCGGCGGCGUGGCAGGGGGCGCCACGGUGCUGCCGUACCCGGAGGAAGAGUUGCAGCUGCACGCUCGGCUCGCGGCGGUGUGCUACGAGGCGGCAAGCGGCGGGGCGAGGGAGCGUGGCGAUGCAGCAAGCGGCGGGGCGAGGGAGCGUGGCGAUGCAGCAAGCGGCGGGGCGAGGGAGCGUGGCGAUGGCAGCAAGCGGCGGAGCAGAGGAGCGAUGGCGACUGGCAGCAGCGCGCGGCCGGGGCCGCAGUGGAAGCGCGUUCGAUCUACGCGCUGCGACCGAGUGGAGGCAGUCGGCUCCCCCAAUGCGGCGACGAGCGACUUGAUCGGCCAGUUUCCUCGUCUUGGUGUCGCGGCCGCUGCCGGCGACGACGACAGACGGACGCGAUGGCGGUUGCACGAUGAUGGCAGUGAGGCAGCAUGCCGGUUGCUCGUCCCACACGACGUUACUACCACCCACCCGGACGACGAUGACGACGCGUACGGUAUCGCGCAGAUCCCCCGGCCGGCGGGCGCGGCGGCGAUGGAGGAGGUCGGAGGGAAGAAGCAGGAGGAGAAGGAGAAGAAGAAGAGGAGGAGGUGA